UUGCUGUCAAUCCUGAAGCCGCUGUGAUGUUAUUGUCUUCCAGUCAUGGAUACAAGAAAUGGCAGUCUAUGUGAAGAGCAUAGAUGCAAAGCAUCUAGUUGAGAUCGGAUUAGAAGGAUUUUAUGGUCCCUCCGCACCUGAGAGAGCUCAGUUCAAUCCGAAUUCAUAUGCUACACAGGUUGGAACGGACUUCAUAAGAAACCAUCAGGCUCUUGGUGUUGAUUUUGCUUCUGUUCACAUUUAUCCUGACUCCUGGAUUUCUCAAACAAUCAGUGAUGCCCAUCUGCAAUUCACCAAAUCAUGGAUGGAAGCUCACAUAGAAGAUGCAGAGAAGUACCUCAACAUGCCAGUCCUGUUUUCUGAGUUUGGGGUGUCUUCAAAGGAUCCUGGAUACAAUUCUUCAUUCAGGGACAAGUUUUUUAGCACAGUAUACAAUACACUACUGAACUCAACUAAGAAGGGAGGUAGUGGAGCUGGAAGUCUUUUCUGGCAGCUAUUUCCUGAGGGGACAGAAUACAUGAAUGAUGAUUAUGCAAUUGUGCUUUCAAAAUCUCCUUCAACAUCAAAUAUCAUAUCCCUCCAUUCCACUAGACUUGCCAUCUUCGAUUCUCUGUGCUCGAGGAAAUGUAAAUGGGGUUGCAAGAAGAAAGGUGGUCUGGACACAUUCCUCUACCGUGAUGAACUGUAAUAUUGUAUGCAGAAAGAAAAUUGUGCCUGACGUGAUAAUAGAAGAUCAUAAUAUAUUGCACCUGUUCGUACUUGCACAGAAAAUGAAAAUAUAUCGUGGAUUUUGAAUAUAAAACCUCUGAGAAAUUCAAAAGCAAAAUGGGUUAAAAAAAAAUUACUACAUGAUCAGCCUACUCAUCUCAUGCAUCGGCAACCUACUAAUUGCACAAAGUGCAUCUAAAUUCAUUCCUUGAUAUUAAUGCAUCGCCCAGGUUCUGUCUCAGAUAUGCGAUCAAGUUGGGGUAGAUAACCCUGUAAAAUAUUUAAACUAUGAUGACAGCCGCCUGCUGCAGGUAUACAAAAAAUGGCAGGAUUAAUAAAAAAAAGGUCAUCCU